GUCGUGGCUGUCAAGCUAAAUGUCCUCCCAGCUCCACAACAAGGGAGCGCUGUUGGGUUCCUGGCGUUCUGGAGCAUCUUUUGGCACUCUUGCCAUGUUAUCUGGAGCGUUUCUUUUGGGAAGUCUCCUCUUACCCCUGCCGUAUGGAUGGGCCCCAGAGAGAAGAGCAUCUUCAGAGGAUUCCAGAUAUGUGCCCUUAUGGAGAGAACAUUUUGCCUCUGCUGGGGGGUGAAAGUAUCUGUGUGGAUAAGCUAUAAGGAGGACUUGUGGAGAAAUGCAAGUACAGUGCCCCUGCUAUGCUGGCUGAGGGCGAAGGCAUGGCCGGUCCCUCGCUGUGCGCUGCCAGCACAGCGGCCUCUCCGGACCUGCACAAGGUGCCCGGCUUGGGGGAGAGUAAAACCACGCACUGCUCCUUUUCAAUUGAGAGUAUAUUGGGACUGGAGCAGAAAAAAGAUGGCAUUGCAGCUGGGAAACCUCACAGACCCUGGAUGGAUGCAUGCACCAGCUUGGCUCUCCUUUUCUUACUCUUUCUAGUUUUAGGUGAUGACAGUAAUCCCCAUCUGCAAAUCCCUGUUGUUUGCUAUGAAAAUCCAUUAUUUCAUGCUAGAAGUGAUCCAGUGCAAGAGGAAAACGUUUUGAAAUGUGAAAAAUAUUUUUCAGUCACUGAAAGGCUGUCUUUCAAACGAGAAUUGAGCUGGUACAGGGGUAGAAGACCAAGAACUGCAUUCACUAGAAGCCAGAUUGAAGUCUUGGAAAAUGUUUUUAAAAUGAAUUCCUACCCUGGCAUUGAUAUAAGAGAAGAGUUAGCUCGGAAAUUAGAUUUAGAUGAAGACAGGAUCCAGAUCUGGUUUCAGAACCGUCGUGCAAAGCUGAAAAGAUCACACAGAGAAUCUCAGUUUCUAAUGGUGAAAAAUACUUUCACCUCCAGCCUGCUAGAGUAGAAGGAAGGAUGGCUUGCUGUUACAGAACUGCUACAGAAAAUAAAGAAUUAUUCAUAACCUGUA